GCCAAGACGAUUUGAUCUCCCUUGUCCCUAUUUGCCACCGUUUUUCUGCCCUUUUCUUUUUUUUUUUUUGCAUUGAAGGUUUGGCCCUUGACCGAGAUGCAGACAUCUGCUCCUCAGUGUUUUGAGUCGUCUUUCCCUGCCGUUUUGUGCUUUUUUCUUUAUCUUCGCUGCGGAGCUAAGCAAAAAAGCCUGGAUCCAAUGGUCAGAGGAUGGACCAUUGUCGAAACGAACAAGAGACAGCCCCGAACAGGGUAGCCCUUCCUCCUCAAGGGUUCUCCUCGGGAAGCGGAGAAAAUGACGCAAAUAUCCAAGCGCGUUCCUAAAGGACCAUUGACAGUCGAGGUUGACCCAUGCAUGGCCCACGCUAUUCUUCUCCCGUCUUUCUAUGCCUCUUUAGUUUGCACUUUUCGACCGCGUCGUCGCGUCUGGCACCACUCCUUCUGUUGAUUCCAAUCCGACAGCCUCUCCCUCUUUCAUCAAAGAAAACGCUUACUUUAGUUCAUUCGAGCGCUCUUUCUUAUUCUUGUGGUUUUUCCUUUACCUUUCUCUCACACAUUCCUUCCUAUCUUCCUUAUCUUUUCCUUCCCUUGCCUGUGUCAUCAGGUUUUUUUUUUUCUAUUUCGCCCCCGACCUUCAUUCUUUGUCGUCUAUAGCGGUCGAUGUGCAUGAAUGGUCCAGAAGAACACAGCGCGUGCAAUGGUGCCAAUGAAAUCAACAGUAGCCGAUGUCUGAAAUCCUGCAUGCCCCUCCGAGCGCAUGAAAUGAGAAGAGCAUGCUGAGACCCUCUUGCGCCCAAUUCUUCCCGUUCCUGACGGUACAUUCGCGCAAUGGCCGGUUCUUUUUUCUUUUCUUUUUUUUUUCUCUCUCUCUUUAUGCUAUUUCACUUU